CGCUCCCUGAGCAGUGACAGGCCAGCAGGGCUGGAGCUGCCUAGCUCCCUCCUUCCCCAGCCAGUGACAGGCGAGUCCAGAGAACGGAGCCUGCAUGUGCCUGUUCGUGGCUCCACUCAGCCACUGGACUGCAGCGGAGGGGAGGAAACCGGGGGCCCCUGCCGCGCAGGGGGAAGGAAGCCAGGGGGCACAGCGGCUGGAAGGUGGAUCCAGUGUGUUGGGGGGGUUGUUUUGCCUUGCGGGAGAUGAACUUUCUCAAUUAAAAGUGCCCGGAGCUGAGCUGUGAAAAUGACGGUGGAAUUUGAGGAGUGCAUCAAGGAUUCGCCCCGGUUCCGGGCGACCAUAGAUGAAGUGGAAACAGAUGUGGUGGAGAUAGAAGCAAAGCUUGACAAGCUGGUGAAGCUAUGCAGUGGGAUGAUUGAGGCUGGGAAAGCCUACAUCACCACCAACAAGCACUUCGUCAGCGGGGUCCGAGACCUGUCGCAGCAAUGCAAGAAGGACGAAAUGAUUUCGGAGUGCCUCGACAAAUUUGGAGACAGCCUGCAGGAAAUGAUUAACUAUCACAUGAUCCUUUUUGACCAAGCCCAGAGGUCGGUCCGGCAACAGCUGCACAACUUUGUGAAAGAUGACGUCCGGAAGUUCAAGGAGACGAAGAAACAGUUUGACAAGGUGCGCGAGGACAUGGAGAUCUCUCUGGUGAAGAACGCGCAGGCCCCGCGGCACAAGCCCCACGAGGUGGAGGAAGCGACAGGCACUUUGACCAUCACCAGGAAGUGCUUCCGACACCUGGCCCUGGACUACGUGUUACAGAUCAAUGUCCUCCAAGCCAAGAAGAAGUUUGAAAUAUUGGACGCGAUGCUGUCCUUCAUGCACGCCCAGUACACGUUUUUCCAGCAGGGCUACAGCCUCCUUCAUGAACUUGAUCCCUACAUGAAGAAGCUGGCCACUGAGCUGGACCAGCUGGUGAUCGACUCGGCCGUGGAGAAGAGGGAGAUGGAGCACAAGCAUGCACUGAUACAGCAGAGGACUCUCCUGCAGGACUUCUCCUACGAUGACUCCAAGGUGGAAUUUAAUGUCGAUGCCCCCAAUGGAGUGGUGAUGGAAGGGUACCUCUUCAAGAGAGCAAGCAAUGCUUUCAAAACAUGGAAUCGGAGGUGGUUCUCCAUACAGAACAGCCAGCUGGUCUACCAGAAGAAGCUAAAGGAUGUCCUCACGGUGGUGGUGGAAGAUCUGCGGCUCUGUAGCGUCAAGCCCUGCGAAGACAUAGAGAGAAGAUUUUGCUUUGAGGUCGUCUCACCUAGCAAGAGCUGCAUGCUGCAGGCUGACUCGGAGAAGCUGCGCCAGGCCUGGAUCCAAGCAGUUCAAGCCAGCAUCGCCUCCGCUUACAGAGAGAGCCCAGACAGCUACUCCAUCGAAAGACUAGACCGGACCGCCUCCCCUUCCACCAGCAGCAUCGACUCUGCCACUGACUCCCGGGAGCGGAGUCUGAAGGGGGAGAGCAUCCUACAGAGGGUCCAGAGCAUCCCUGGAAAUGACCAGUGUUGUGACUGUGGCCAGGCAGAUCCCCGCUGGGCCAGUAUCAACCUGGGCAUUCUGCUGUGCAUCGAGUGCUCUGGGAUCCACAGGAGUCUGGGCGUUCACUGUUCCAAAGUCCGCUCUCUCACGCUGGAUUCCUGGGAGCCGGAGUUACUGAAACUAAUGUGUGAGCUGGGGAACAGCACCAUGAACCAGAUUUACGAGGCACAGUGCGAAGCGCUGGGACUUAAGAAGCCCACUCCAGGGAGCUCCAGUUCUGGCCUCCUUGAAGGCACUCCCGGUGGCCCAGCCAUGCCCUGGCCUCUGCCUUCAGCCCCUUUCAGAGCACUGCCGCUCCAGAGCAUGUCCUCCAGCCUAGACCUGCAAAUUUGCACACUUCUGAAGCACGCUCGACGUGCAGGCUCAGCUUGUACAAAUGUGACCAUGGGAUUGUAUUUUUCCUCCGCCAUAUUUAAAAAUCCCUCCUUGCAAACAGCUGCCACUCUGGAGAGGAAAUUCCGGCGGGACUCUCUCUUCUGCCCCGACGAGCUGGAUUCCCUCUUCUCGUACUUUGACACCGGCGCCGGCUCAGGACCCCGCAGUGCCAGCUACAUCUCUAUGCAGCACCCGCUGGCAGCUGGCCCCUGGAGUGGCAUUGGUCCCGGUGGGAGCGGUAUGCCGUUCCUCCUGGACGGAGGUCUGAGUAGCGACAGCGGGCUGGGCGGCAGCACGGACGGAAGCACCGACGUCCUGGUGUUCGGCUCGGUGGUGGACAGCGUCACGGAGGAAGAGUGCGAAGUGUCGGAGGAGUCCAGCGGCGAGGCGGAGAUAGAGCAGGAGGCCUCGGACCUGGAGGACCUGCGGGAGCUGCACCCCGGCCUGCUGAUUUACAAGGCAGCACAGGCCAGGAACUUGCCUGUCAUGGCAGAGGCUCUGGCACAUGGGGCUGAGGUCAACUGGGUGAAUGACGAAGAUGAAAACAAAACUCCUCUGAUUCAAGCUGUGAUGGGGGGCUCCUUGAUAGCCUGCGAAUUCUUACUCCAGAACGGAGCAGAUGUUAACCAAAGAGAUAUCCGGGGCCGAGCUCCUCUGCACCACGCCACAUACCUGGGACACACUGGCCAGGUCUGCUUGUUCCUAAAGCGAGGUGCCAACCAGCACGCAGUGGACGAGGAUGGCCAAGACCCCCUCAGCAUUGCAGUCCAGGCAGCCAAUGCAGACAUAGUCACCUUGCUGCGUCUGGCUCGAAUGAACGAGGAGAUGCGAGAAGCCGAGGGCCCCUUCGGACAACCAGGAGAUGCGACAUACCUCGACAUCUUCCGGGAGUUUUCCCACAUGGCGUCGAACAACCCUGAAAAACUCAACCGGCGGAGCUUGCACUUCAGCCACUCCUGCAGAUAGCCCCGUCCUGCCUCUUCUGAGACCUUCUGCUGGAGAGUCACUCUGUGAGAGCAGAAAGGGGGAGCGGCUUGGCAAGGCGGAAUGGAUCCGCUGGGCUCAUCUACUGGAGGAAGACCCAGCGAUCUGUUCCCUGACCAAACACACACUUACGGAGCACACCGUGUUUAUUCCAGAGCCUGCUUUCGUAUCCACAUCCCAGACCAAUGACCCGUGGUGACAUGACUAACCAGCCAGUGUAUCCACACAGGGCUGAACCAACUGCGAAAAGAAAUCCCUGCUUCUUUGCAAUUCACUCCCUCAGCCCCCGGGCCUCCCUCGGGCCAAACGCCUGCUUAAAUCAAUGAGAUUUGACCUUCGAUGUGUUCAUUACUAAAAGGUAGGGGCCACACAUCCCAUCACUAAAAAUAUGGGGUAGCAAAGGGGGAACCAAGCACUGUUUCUGGAGAUUAUGUUAAUCCCUGCAAUGCUGAUUUUUGCUGCACCAGGUGUAUGGUACAGGUGUAUGGGGCAGGAAUGGAAAAACGUUUCGACACAGACACCAGCAAAAUGGUUUGCCCGGGGCAGCAGCAUAGUGGUUCAUCUUUUACAUCAAUCCGGGGCAAACGCCAGAUGAAGAGAAAUGACUUUCUGCGUUACACAGGGACGCAUUCCAGGGAUGAUAUUCCUGCUGAUUUGUGGUUAGUAUUUGAACAGGUUCAUUCUCAGAUUUUAUGCUUUUUGGUUUAGAAACCCAAAGGACGCAGAAUAACCCAUCGAGGACAAAAGUCUAAACAUCCCAAAGUUGAUAGAGUCUGGCAGCCACCUCGGAAACAUGGAGUAUCGGCUGUGAGGCCGCAGCAGACCCCAGCCGCGAAGAGUUUAAAGCCACGCCAAGCGACUUUCUGUUGAGGUUGCGCCUGUUCUGGGGACCUGGAGUGUCUCACCUGUGCUGCUUGUGUAUUUGGUUUCUGCACAGAGGGAUUUUGGGACUUACCCUUGGAGAAUAGGGUGUGAAGAUCCUCUGAGCUCCUUCCUGCCAAAUGUAGGAGUGAAUGUAGCUUCUGAUCCCUUCCCCCUUGGGAACAGUUCGUGUUAGACUCUAUGAAAACCGUAAGGGUUUGACUUAAAUUGCUACCCUUGGUGUGAACGUUUCUGGCCAGCAACACAAGUUAUCGGAGAGGCAGUAACAAGUACAACUGGCAAAGGAUGCUGGGUAAUAUUAUCCGCUGACUGACGUGUAGCCAUGUGUGGCUAAGGGGUUCGUUUGUCACGGUACCAAACCCAAAUCAGAAGAUAAACAUGUGUGAACUCCACGGGCAGUGUGUUGUUGUGGCAUAUUCCACCCUCCGCUAUAGAGGGGUAACCUAGGGCACAGGAGAAACCAAAGAGGGGUUCAUGAUGGAUUAUUCAGCUGUGCAUUUGGUUUCAAACACCUGAAUAUUGAGGGGUGUGUGCGGUGUUUGGAUCCGGGUUGUCAGUACCGGCCUGUCUGGAGUAAAAACUUCAGCAUGCAGGGACCUCACUGGAAAAAACCACAACUUUUCCAACUGAGCUUGAACGUUCCUGGGCCAACACACUGCCAAAGACGCUGAUGUCUUAUGCUGCUGAACCAGAUUUGCAAAUGAAGUGAGUUUAGUCAGCUCCGCUAGGCUAAGAAUCGCACAGCACCAAUGGCCUGUGGCACUACUUCACAAGGGCUGGUUUUCCAUCACACCCACAAACUAUAAUUCACUUUAGGCUGAAUGCCACCCACAUGCAGCUUCCCAGGCCUUUAGUGGUUAUGUGGUUCAAUGGAUAGAGACCCAGACUCGGAUUUAACAGACCUGGAUUCUGUUCCUGGCCUGCGGGGUGGCCAAUGGCAAAUCACUUCAGUUCUGUGUGUGCCUCAUAUGUUAAGUGCCUUGAGACUCUUGGGUGAAAAAUCCUAUGUACUAUUAUUAUAAUUAUACCAUGGGAGCUAUGCAUGCAGAUCUGAAACCAGAACCUGGCCCUUUCCCCCUUGAAGAGUUUUGUAACUCAUGCUUACUGUGCGGCUCAACACUAGGAGAGCAGAACUCUUUCUGUAAGGCAUGGCUUUCGUUCCUAUUUUUUUUACCUGUAAUAUUAUUUCAUAGCUAUAAAAAGGGUUAUGUGUGGACUAUACAGGUAUAGGCACCAUGACAUAUUAAAGUGUAUUGUCAGAAUGAUGUAUAUAAACCAUGUUUACAUGCUGAAAUGUAAUAUAUCAUAUUGCAGAAGAAAUGUAUUUUUUAAAUAAGGGGGAAUGGAAAAGUGUCACAUGCAAGUGAUGCCUAUUAAUUGAAAGUAAAAUAUGAGAUUUUUUGUUUUGAAAA